CGGCUCAUUUUAUUACAUUUUCUUAAAUUUUUAGAAAAGAACUUUGAUACUGCCAAUUUUUAUUUCUCAAUUAGAUGGAAAAUAUAUUUGACGAAAUUGACUUGGAGGAUUAUCCAACAACGUCUUCAACUCCCGCAAAAGACCAAUUACCAUCAAAGCGUAAAAAGUUUAACACGUCUGGUUGCUACAAUACAGAGGUCAGCAUUUCAAAACGACCUGUGGAAGGAAACGAGGUUAUUGACAUUUUAACCUCUAUUUCCAAACAGCUUGACGAUUUGACGACGAGGGUAUGCGAUUUGGAAACUAAAAUCGAUAAGCAUUUAAAAGAAAAUAUUAUUCAUAAAAGUGAAGAAAUGGCGCAGCAAAAAACGGUUCGUGAAUGCAAGGUCCUCAUCCGCAAAAUUCAUCAAUCGGUAUGCCGAAUGACUGGUGAAGAUGUCGACAACGUUCAAACCGAAAUUGCUUCCACCCUACCAUUAAAUACGCUUGCUGCAGCUUUGGAAAUGGACGAAAAAUUGAAAUGCGACGAAUUUGCUGCUACAACGAAACAAUUCGUUUUGAGGAUAAAAGGUACUUCAGAUAGUGUACAUGAUGUGUUGCGAAGUCUGUACACUGAUGAACUUCUUUAUUUAUGUAACUGGGACGGUAGGGGUGGGAAGCAACCUCUCUCCAAAUUCCUGCUGGUUUCCAAUAUUUUAUACGAUUCAUUCAUAACGUAUGGAUUGGCAAUGUUCGAAAAACAAGUUAGAAAAGCCAUUGAAAUGAGCCACCAUAGGCACAAACAAAGAAUUUACAGGAAGAGGAAGACUGAGGAGUGAACCCUUUAAAUAUUUAAUAAAAAGUUAUGUACAUAUAUGUAUUUAUGAUAUUAUUAAAAAUAAUAAUAAUAAUUAUUAUUAUUAUUAUUAUAAAUUGAAGAGGUAAUUAAUUACAAUUACAAUUAAUAUAUAUGUAUAUAGCACUAGCGGUUAAGCCAUCAGUUUAAUAUAAAAAAAAAAUAUAUAUAUUUUAAUAAAAAUAUUUAAAUAUUUUAAUACAUACUAGAUUUUAAGAAAGCAUUGCAAAGCAGGAAUUGAAUUAAUAAUGAAAUAUUUAUUUUAAUUUAAACUUUAAUGUA